AAUCUGUUCCUGUUGAAAAGCGUCUCCUGGAUUCCCAGGCCCUUUGGGGCUUUAGGAGACCAGUAGGUGAAGUUUUCUACCUCUAAGGAGAAGCAGUACCGACUCCCACAUCAAGAGCAAGUUCCCCACUGCUAUGGAUACCGAGUCCACGUAUUCUGGAUAUUCUUACUAUUCAAGUCAUUCGAAAAAAUCUCACAGACAAGGGGAAAGAAAUAAAGAGAGGCAUAAAUCACCCCGGAAUAAAGAUGGCAGAGGGUCAGAAAAAUCUGUCACCAUUCAAGCUCCCACUGGAGAGCCCCUGUUGGGAAAUGACUCUGCUCGGACGGAGGAAGCUCAGGAUGACAACUGGGGCGAGACCACCACGGCCAUCACGGGCACGUCGGAGCACAGUAUAUCACAGGAAGACAUCGCCCGCAUCAGCAAGGACAUGGAGGACAGCGUGGGGUUGGACUGCAGGCGCUACCUGGGCCUCACUGUGGCCUCAGUCCUCGGACUCCUGGUCUUCCUCACCCCCAUCGCCUUCAUCCUGCUGCCCCCCAUCCUGUGGCGGGACGAGCUGGAGCCCUGCGGCACCAUCUGUGAGGGACUCUUCAUUUCCGUGGCGUUCAAGCUCCUCAUUCUGCUCAUCGGGACCUGGGCGCUGUUCUUCCGCAAGCAGAGGGCCGACGUGCCGCGGGUAUUCGUGUUCCGUGCCCUCUUGUUGGUCCUCAUCUUUCUUUUCGUGGUUUCCUAUUGGCUUUUUUACGGGGUCCGCAUUUUGGACUCUCGGGACCGAAAUUACCAGGGCAUCGUGCAAUACGCCGUCUCCCUCGUGGACGCCCUCCUCUUCAUCCACUACCUGGCCAUCGUGCUGCUGGAGCUCAGACAGCUGCAGCCCAUGUUCACGCUGCAGGUGGUCCGCUCCACCGAUGGCGAGUGUCGCUUCUACAGCUUGGGACACCUGAGUAUUCAGCGAGCAGCAUUGGUGGUUCUGGAAAAUUACUAUAAAGAUUUCACCAUCUAUAACCCCAACCUCCUAACAGCCUCCAAAUUCCGAGCAGCCAAGCACAUGGCCGGGCUGAAAGUCUACAAUGUAGAUGGCCCCAGUAACAACGCCACUGGUCAGUCCCGGGCAAUGAUCGCCGCAGCUGCCCGGCGCAGGGACUCGAGCCACAACGAGCUGUAUUAUGAGGAGGCGGAGCACGAACGGCGGGUGAAGAAGCGGAGGGCAAGGCUGGUGGUCGCAGUGGAGGAAGCUUUCAUCCACAUCCAGCGUCUCCAGGCCGAGGAGCAGCAGAAGGCCCCAGGGGAGGUGAUGGACCCCAGGGAGGCCGCCCAGGCCAUCUUCCCCUCCAUGGCCCGGGCCCUGCAGAAGUACCUGCGCACCACGCGGCAGCAGCACUACCACAGCAUGGAGAGCAUCCUGCAGCACCUGGCCUUCUGCAUCGCCAACAGCAUGACCCCAAAGGCCUUCCUCGAGCGGUACCUAAGCGCGGGCCCCACGCUGCAGUAUGACAAGGAGCGCUGGCUCUCCACGCAGUGGCGGCUCGUCAGCGACGAGGCUGUGACCCACGGGUUGCGGGACGGACUCGUCUUCGUGCUCAAGUGCUUGGACUUCAGCCUUGUAGUCAAUGUGAAGAAAAUCCCAUUCAUCGUGCUCUCAGAAGAGUUCAUAGACCCCAAAUCUCACAAAUUUGUCCUUCGCUUACAGUCUGAGACAUCGGUUUAAAAGUUCUAUAUUUGUGGCUUUAUUAAAAAAAAAAGAAUAUAUAGAGAGAGAUAUAUGUAUACCAGAGGGGCAUCUUUGUUUUUCUUAUUCUUCAUUGCUGACUGAACUGGCAGAUGAGAGACCAGGGUCCUUUGACCAUCUGCACUUUAUUUGGAAGGAAGCAGAAGAUGUCCAUCCUGGGAAAAAGUGACCAAUGCCAUCUGGCUUAUGGAUGGGAUGUCUCAAGAAGCCGUUCCCUGGCGUGCCUGGGACAGCUACAAACCAAAGCGGAGCUGGCGGUUCUUGGGAACCUCGCCUUACGACUCGUCCCUGCCUUUCGUGCAGCUCCCGGCCCCACCCUUGCUUCCAGCUGUCCCACUCGUGGGCCUCUGGGGACAUGUCUUUGUUCUGUUUCAGGGAAGCGGACCAGACGUGUCCACACGUGUCUGUGUAUGUCAGUGUCCAGCACCAGGGGAGCCGCGGGCCAGUCGCGAAAGGCCUGCCUUCAUCUUUGUUCUCUGUUGCCUUAGGUUCUGUGGAGAAAGGUCACAAUGACAAACAUGCACUGUCAGUUUACAGCUCUUAAUGAUUUUAUUUUAUUUUUUGCCCAAAGAGAGCCUGCCUACCCCAGUUCUGACCUGCUUUUCUACCGGCUUGGGCAGCUAGCCCCCUCCUAACCCUGGGAUGGCCCACCUGUCUCGGCUCCGACCCGCCCUCCCCAGCCCAUACCACGCCCCACCUGGCUGGCAGGCCUGGCAAGGGAGCCCAGCCUUCAGAGCCACCCAGGGCCUGCCCAGCUGUUCACCUGUGCCCUCAGGCUCUGUGCGCAGCCUCGGAUCUGCCCCACAGAUGGUUUGCUUGUAUAGGGAAGGGUGGAGUGCCCACCAGGUUGAACCCAGGACAGCAUGCCAGCUCAGAUGUCCCUUUAAGGAGGCAGUGGAGGCCCCUCCCCUCCCUGUCCUCCUCCCAGUGCUCCACACCCACCUGGAGGAGACCCACAAUGUGACUCCGGGACUGACACGUUCAGCUGGGAGCCUCUGUUUCCCAGGAGAUGCGUUCUCACAGAGCUCCAUGGCACGCUGCCCUGCCAAGGGAGACCAAACAGUGCCCUCUGCAGUGACAGCUGCAGCGUCUGGUCCCUGAUCCUGACCACCAUCACUGCGCGCUCGUCGCCUCUGCCCCUUACAACCAGGGAGGGGCUCAUUUAGGCCCUGGUGCUCAAUUACUAGUAGUUGGCAGUAAGUGAGGAGAAGGAAUGGGCAAGCUGCAGAGGUCAGGGGAAGGAGAGUAGGGGCCGAGCUCAUGGUCCAGACGAUGCAUGCGUGGCCAGUUUUCUAGACACAGCCGGUUUCUGUGGCUUUCUGGGGCUCAGGGGAGCAGCCGGGCCGGGUUGUGGGUGGAGGCGUCGCUCGGCAGAGCCCUGCAGCAGCCUUCAGUCCCGCCUGCCUUCUUGUACCCACAACAAACCUUUACAAAGUAUUCACUCUCGCCUUUCCUGGGUGUUUAGGGUAACCAGCUCCCUUGCUUUUGCAAAGGAUGGCACUGUCCAGUGCUCUUUGUGUGAGUGUCCUCACGUACCCUCUCUGGUUUACGCACUCCACAAGCAGUGCAGCGUUUGUUAUUAUUCUCUUAAAAUUGGCUCUGGAGGUUUGUCCUGCACCUGUACCUGACAACGGAAACAGCGUUCUUGAAUCAGCAGCCUUCAGGUCAAAAAGAAGAUGCGUUGGAAAAGGGAGGGGAAAGCAGUCGGUAUGGCGCGGAGCCACUAUGUGCUAUUUAACUACAUGGUUUCCAUUUAUGAAAAACACAUACCAUGUAACCAUGGUGCUUUUGUUCUUAGUUUUGCCUUUAGGUCCCUUCAAGCUGGACAUUCCUUAUGCUGUCUUUCUCAGGAAUAUAUUUGGGGAGAUUGGGCAAGGGCUGCGUAAAGGUUACACUGUCCCAGACUAAAUGCAUCCUAGGCUCCUGCAGCAGAAGUGCCACCCGUAUGUAUACAUACAGUUCAUGAUGACACUCCUCAUCAGCACCCAAAAAUACAGUGCUUCCCACCCUGUCUUAAGUUACGGGUCCAGAAGGGGUUACAUUGGAUUCAUGGCCUUGGUUGCCUGCCUUCCCAGCAGGGUGAAGAAAGGUUGAAAUUAAAGAAUUUAUUUUCUCUCUACCCCUUUCCCAGUCUUUGCAUAGGAGAAUGUCAGACUUUCUGAAAUUAUUGUUUCUGUUUUAAAUUGAAAAUCGAUUUUUUUUACACUGACUUUGUAUGGAGUCCCUUUUGAAAGAAUAACAUAAUAAAAUGCAGAAUCUUUGUAUCAAGCCUUUGCACUCGCAAACUCUUAAUAGUUUGAGUUAAUGGUGCAGUGGGAACAAUGUAAAUGGAGUUAAAAAAAAAAAGAAAGGUUUCAGAAACCUGCAUCACACCACUGAAAACAACACAUUUCUAUUUCAGUUCUUGGAGCCAAUCAGCUUUUCUUUUUAAGAGGGAUUAAACUGUGCCCUGGGCGAGUAGGAUUAGAUAAAUGCACAUUGGAGGAGACAAGAUUUUGUUUACCUUAAAUGUUUAUAGAUGUUCUAUAACUUUGAACCUACGUUAUUAAAAUAUGAACGUUGAACCGUAUGGAGUAGAACGACUUAAUGAGGAGUGUGUGUCUGAUGUUUUGACCUGGUGAUGUUUUGACCAGUAGAUAAUUUUUGUUCUUAAGUGUGUCCUUCUGAAGGCAGUUGACCAUUUUUAAUCAUUCAUGAACUGAACGUUGAAGUCUGCAUUCUUAGAGCUGGAGGGAAUUUUAAGGUUUUGUGGGUCAGCCAUCCUUUGCAUUAUCAGUUAAGUCGAGAUGCAUGAUGCUUCUGCCAAAGCUUAUAAAGUAAGCUCUAGAGAAAAGCCUUGACCAGUUUUCCUGCCCAACUGUCAUGAUCUCCCUUUCUCCCUCUCUGUCCUUUUCAAAUCUACACACAGGACACAUUCUGUAAGCAAAUGGGUAAAGAUAGGUGGCCUCUGUGUGUGUGUGUGUGCGCACGCGUGUGUGUGUGUGUGUGUUUUGUGCUGUGGCUCAUUGCCAGAGUUCGGACCUCCUUUGCAGUGGGGAAAUUGUGGUUGAGAUUGCAGGGGGGUAAUCAAGUACUCUUUUUCUUGUGUCUUUGCAGUGUGUGUAUUCAGAUAAGGCUGUAGUUCCGUGGGAAGUCAUGAGCUUAGUGGGCUGACUAAAGUUGACAACCCUGCCCCUCCUUACUUCCCGGAUGAGUGAAUGUUGUAGCCACUCAGUGAAACCAACAGAAUCGGUCCUUGGUUUCCUCUCUUCCAUCUGGACCCUGCUAUGUAAGGCUUCCUACACGGGGAUGCGUAUUUGUGAGUGUUUCCAUACACGUGAGCAUUUCUCUUGAGUCUAAUUACCAGAUGGACGGCAUGUUUAUGUUAGACAUCUGAAUGUCUGUGUUAUCUGUAGCAGAUGGGUGUCUAUGUCAGCAAAUAACUUGUGGGUAUGUUUAUAUGGAUGAACAUGUGAGAGUCCAUGUGUUUCUACAUAUGUCCUGUGUUUGAGAGAUUUCCCAACAGCACCCAUCUUCUGUGAAGUUACUCUAAAGCCAGUUACUUCUCCCCCCGCCCUUUCUUUCUUUCCCUCAGUUACACUGGCUUCUCCCCAGGAGUAAAUGGCUUUAGCGCAGCAGUGUCUUCUGGAGAGUUGGCUGUCCCGCAGGCAAGUCCAUUAGGCUCCUUCUUGCCUCAGGACCCUAUGACCUGAAAAUAGCAAGAAACAAAGAAAAGCCAAGCUCUAUGAUAAUAACUGCUCCAACUUCACUACCCUGGAAGCCUUACUAUAGAUUUCUCCAUAUAACUUCAAAAUUGAGCUUCAUUUAAAAAAAAAGAAGAAGAAAGAUUGAUUACUAAAGAAAUGUUGCCAUAAUAUUUAAAUAGUCCAGGAGAGACCCUGCAAUUGUACCAAGUGAUGUAUUUCCAGGUAGUGUCUGUGCUAUAUGGAUCUUGUUUUACAGAAAAGCAAUCACUACUGUGAACUUACUACUAUGUAACCUUGAGGUCAUAAUCCAUUAUAAAUAAAAUAUGAGUUGUUCUGAAGCCCAUAGCACAGUUUUGAAUGGUAUUCAGUGCAGCAGUGAGGAAGGCACUUUAGAUGCUCCAUUGAAAUCACCAUAUUGAGCAUCAACCAAGUGGAUGCCCAGAAAAUUAGAUUUUGGAUCACAUUUUUGACAAAACAUAUUUUGGUCAAAGAAGGAAGAGAAGGGUAAUAAGACACUUUUAUCAGGUAUUUUAUGUUAGGUACUGCUCUAGAAUGUGAAUUCCUGUAAGGUAGGAGUUAUUUCCAUUUUACAGGUGGGAGAAAGGGUCAGAGAGGGAAGGCCUUGCCGAAAAUCUCCUGGCUAGUAACAGAAACUUCAAAUCUAAUAUUUGCUUCCAACACUCAGUCACUGUGCCUUGAGGUAUUACCCAAAUAAUUCGAUGUUUUUGGAUGUGGGAGAGGGACUUGAGGACGCGUAGCCUUGAUGUGUAGAACCCAGAGUUGGAGGUUCGUGGGAGGGGGAGUCGCUCCUGUCCUUUCACUUGGGUUUGUGUCGGAGGUGUGGCCCAGGGAAAGCUGCUCCAUGUGCUCGCAGGUUGCUCAGGAUCUUCAGCAGAAAGAACUUGAGCCUCCCCCUACUCCCACCCCCACCCUCCCCGGAAAACCAGCCCUGCUAGUUCUGCACCUGCUCUAAGACUCAGGAGCUCUAUUCCUGGCAGCUACCCUUUGCUUCUGACCGUCCCACCCUCCGCUCCCACCUGCUGGCUUGGGGAGGUGUGCACCUUGGGGAGGUGUGCACCUUGGGGAGGUGCGCAGGGGCUGACCUGGCCUCCCCAUGACCUGCGGUUUACUCUGCCUGGUGCUUUGUCAGUGUCACACCACAAGAGCUUCCCUGGUUGGGGAGGGAGAGGGACUGCCUGCCAGCCCAGCCUCCGUAGGUUUGGAACAGGAGUCCCUGGUCUCCAUCCUUGACUUUUGCCUCCUGCUAUUUGCCCCGACAUUUGCCCUCAAGAGUUUGAAUCAACAGGCAUAAAGCAGGACUCUGAAAACACUGCUUUCCUCUCUUCCAGUGUCUUUAGUUUUUGGUUCAGUUGUGCGGAAGCUACCUUUUUAUCUCGCGCUGUGUGCUUUCAGUGGAGGAGUGGGAAAGGGAGAUGGCAUGCCCACCUCUCAGCAUGGCUGCUUCUUAGGACUGAGCAGGACACAUUUUCAAAGGGUGGGUAAGAAAUGUAAAACUACUGAAUAAAAUUAGAUUCUAGGACUCUGAGUCCCUUUUACCAGACCUGUCCCGUUUCUAUUUUUGAUUACCCAAUUUGUUGUUUCACCUGUAAACUCAUCCUCUUCAGUGGGUUGUUGUAGAGUCUCCGCGACACGAAAGCAGACUUCUAACACCUGCAGCAGCACGGGGACCUGUUGCUGCCAAUGUGGCGCCAGGAAUCUGCAGCUGCUUUGUCUGUUUCAGCUUGAAAACAUCAGGGUUUCGUCCUUGUUUUAGUGGGAUAAAAACACUCUUAUCUGAAACCUUGGGGACAAAUGUGACAACCCUCAGGCUUUUAUCUUGAGUGUCUUUGGCACUUUGGGUACUGAAAUUAUAUUUGGAUAAAGAUAUUUGAAUGUGCAGUAUCUGGUUUUGUAUUUGCUUGUAUUUAUCUGAGCUUUCUUGUGGAUAAGAGCUUUCAUUCUGAAGGAGCUCAUCCUUUAGGAGUUUUUAAACCCCCAAAAGCCCUCACCCUGGGAAGCUUCAUCUCUGAGGACCAGAGACGGCUCAGGGAAUUAGUGAUAGGACCCCAGCAUCUGCCCUGCAGGCGUCAAGUCUAGUUCAGUUCAUGCGGUAAGGAAUUUAGGCAGUUACAUCUUAUCACCAUUCCAGGGGGCAGCUGGGAAGAGGUGGCGGUCACUUUUCAUUUCCCAGCGCCACCCUGCACCAUUAAAGACAUAAUAGAAUGAUGAUUCACUUAGUGUGGAUCAUCAUUCUAAAAACAAGAAAGGACAUAAUAAAAUUCAAACUUUGCUGAUAACUCCUUAUUUUUGUAAUGGAUUCACAGUAGGAUUUAACUAAAUUGCAAACUCUGCUGAGACUCCUAGACUAUGACGUGAUUAACAAAAUGUGAUUUCCAAGCAAUUGUUUUAUGAGGACAACUAGUGUGUAGAGUGCAGGAUGCACCAGCCAGGAUGAGGGCGGAAAUGGAGACUGGCUCACUGGGAUGAUGAAUUAACUCGAGUUGUGAUGACCACUUCCUCAACGAAGAUGCUAGGGAGAAGACUGGAGAGGCUGGGACCAGGUCUUAUUUCAAGGGGAGUUUAUUUGACAGUCACUUUUGUGUUGAAAGAAUUUUACAUUUCUGGUUCUGGAUUUAGGAUCCGGUAUCAACCCAGCAAGUUCAGUGACGAAACCAUCUGUCUCUAUCGGAUGGAGCGAUAAGUGUUUGUGCAAAGAUGUGGCCGAGGGUCUUUUGUGUUCUCUCUUACUAGUUCAUACCUCACUUUGUAAUCAGGAGGGGCAGUUUUGCUGGUUAGCAAAACUCACAAUCACUAGACAGGUCUGACAAAGUUGGCUGUGAUUUCCUGCCUAAACUGGGUGGUGGGCUCUAUUGAGACAUUGCAAUCAUAUGAAUGAAUGAAUUUCACUACCAGCAACCAUCUGCUCAAGUUCAUUUACAUACACUCAUAAGGUGGGCUGUGAAACCCAUUGUAACAUCAGCAGCAAUGUUGUUAGAGUCUGUGAGGGGCAAAGCGUACCUGGCAUCCAAGUUGUUUUGUUCUCUUCUGGGACUCCCAUUCCAAUUAACUGUAAAACGUUUUACAUGUUACAUUUUUUAUACUGUAAGACUUGGAAAAUAAACUGAAAUCCCAAAUUGCA